GAAUAGGUAUAAUAUACAACAAUAUAACGACAUGAAACAUCGAACGAUGCCUAUUAAAAAUUUGGUACAACGUCACAGAAAUUUUUUUAUAUUAAUAAUUUUUUUAAUCGGCCUCACUGCGUUGUUUCGUAUCGAUUUCAGCAAAACAAAAAAUGUUGUUUUGUACGUGAAAGAAGAAUUCAAAUGCGAAGACUCCAAGUUGAAAAAAAGUUUAGAAUACCGGGGUAAAUAUUUAGUGCUCAAUAAUUACGUUCAAGCUACGAGAACUUACGAAAAUAGUGAAAGUGUUACGUUAACGGCCCCGGGGGAUUUUAGAUUUUUAGAUAAUAUAUUACCGUUGGUGGAUAGAUGGCGCGGACCUAUUAGUGUGGCUCUAUACGCGCCCGGUGACGAUUUUUUCGCUACAAUGGAAAGUGUGGCUUAUUUAAGAAAGUGUACUACACCUUUUGUCAAAGAAUUCGUUACGUUUCAUUUGUUUUUCGAUGUUGAUCACGUUCCGACAGUGGGUAACGCGCCUUUGCUUGAAGCUUACAUUGACGAUUUCGAUUGUACUAAACAACCUCCGUACGAAACUGUAAGUGAUUAUGGAACAUACAAAGAGACGCAUAGACUUUACUACCCUAUAAAUGUCGCCAGGAAUGUAGCGAAAUUGAACGCGCAAACGCAUUUCGUAUUUCCUUCCGAUAUAGAAUUGUACCCUACGAGGAAAUUUAUUCCGAAAUUUUUGAAUUUCGUCAAACAGAAUCCUCAAUAUUUCGAAGAAAAAUCGAAAAACGUAUACGUAUUACCAAUUUUUGAAAUUUUAGCCGAACAUACCAUACCUGAAUCGAAAAAGGAGCUACAAAACAUGUAUAAAAACGCCACAGCUUUCGGUUUUCACGUAAAUGUGUGUCCGCGAUGCCACAAAAUACCCAAACAACAAAAAUGGAUGGACGCGGAGGAAACGGACGGAUUGAGUAUUUUCGCUUCGACCAAAAGGCAAGGGGAACACGCUGUAUGGGAACCGUUUUUCGUUUGCACGCAAAAAGAACCGCUUUGGGACGAGAGGUUAAAUUGGGAAGGCCAAGGAAAUAAAAUGUGUCAAGCUUUUCAUUUAUGCAUUUUGGAUUACAAUUUCCUUGUUUUCGAUAACGCCUUUUUAAUUCACAAACCGGGGGUGAAAAAGAAAAAAAUCCAAAAUAUAAAAUACAAAGAUCAGCAAAAAAUAAACAAUCGAAUUUUGAAGCAUAUACAAGAUGAAUUGAAAAGUAUUUACGGCACUAGUAUGGGAGAUACGAAAAAAUGUCUAACACAUUAAAUAAACUAAAAUUUUCUUUAUUUUGUUUAUAUUAUGUAUAUAUUAUCCAGUUGGUCAUACAUUUUGUAAAAUUCAUUACAAAACAAUCCUCCAAAUCUAAAUAUUCUACAUCCAGUUCCAAAGAAUCACCCUGUAUAUCUAUGUAACCGUGAUACAUAAUACCAAUAGUGCAAAUUUUAUUUUAUAUAAUAAAUUGUGUUAUAAACGUU